CUAUGCGAGUGCGGCGGUGGAGCUGCCCCCCUGGGAGGUGGUGCUCCACAGGGACCUCCUCGCCUCUGCUGCUCGCCUGCCUGCCUGCAAGCCGCCUGUGGUAGUCACGCUGCGCCCGCACCACGGCCCUGCUGCUGCCACUGCCGCUGGCGCUGCUGCUGGAUCUGCUCCUCGCAGUGGCAGUGGCAGUGCUUAUAGUGAGUGCUGUAGACGUGUCAUGGGUAGCGAUGCUGCUGGCGGCAUCACUAACUGUAGCAGUACAACUGGAGGGUCCAAGGCAGGUGCCGCUGUUGCUGCUCUCGGAACUGACACUGUGGUUAUUGAUAGAUCACCAGGGAGUGGUGACAGUUGCAGUGGAGCGGGUGGUGUGACUGGAAGGGGUGCUGCCAGUAGCAGUGCAGGGUUGGACGGUGAUGGUGGCGGUAACGAGGGCGGGCUGUUCUUCUCAUGGCAGGGAUAUGCUGCGCCUGAGUUGGCAGUGAGUAGGGCGGCAGUGAGUGGGGCGGCAGUGAGUGGGGCGGCAGUGAGUGGGGCGGCAGUGAGUGGAGCGGCAGUGAGUGGGGCGGCAGUGAGUGGAGCGGCGUUCAUGCCUGGGUCAGGGUCGAAGCAGCAGGUGCAGAGGGCAUUGGCCGCAGCGCGAGGCGAUCACAGUGCAGAAAGAGGAGGUGGAUUCGGGGGUAGUGAUGCAGGACCAGGGCAGCAAGGGAGCGGCAGGAGGGGCAGCAGCGGGGUGUGGUCGCCUCAAGGGGCGUAUGGGACGCAGGGGGACGGCAGCACGGGCAGCACUUGCAGCGGGGGAAGUGGGCGGGGCGGGUUCAGCUGGGGGAGAGGGGGGUUCUCAGUGUGGGAGGAGGAGGAGGUGAGGGUCGACCGGAGAGAAGGGGGAGGAAAUGCGUUGGAUUCACAGAAAGAGGAUACACCUGCGGUAGCACCGGACACUGGUGUUGCGGAACUGGGUGACGGGGGAGUGGAUGCCAGGCAGGGCCGUGUGGGCGAGGGAGGUGUAGCGGCAGCAGGAGCUGCAGUGGGCGGAGGGCGUAGAUGUAAGGAUAGCACAAGGGAGGGUGGAAAUGGGGAUGCAUCUUUACUGCAGCAUGAGUCUGGUGAGAGUGGUGCUGCUGGUCCUGCAGUGUGGGUGAGUGGUGGUGUAUGUGGAGGUCUCGUGCAGCUGCUGCUGUCAGAGCGCGGCCUCAUGAGGGAGCAGCUGGGCCACUUCCUCCUCGACCCUCUGCGCCUCGACCUCGGCCCGCUCAUCGCAACGGGUGCCUCGGGGGAGGUGCGCCGAGGCAGGUAUGCUGGCGAGCCCGUGGCUGUGAAGAUUCUCAAGGGGGAGAUGAGGAGAGAUGGGGCCGUGGCAGGGAUUGGGGGUGGGGUGGGAGGAGGAGGGGUUACAGGUGUGGGUGGUGGACGGGGAGGAGGGAGAGGGAGGGGAAGUCGAAAGUGGGGAGCCGGUGCAGCAGCAGCUGCUACCGUCGCUCCUCCUUCGACUACCACUGCUGCUGCUGCUGCGUCAGUUGGUGCUGGCAGUCGUUCCGAGAUCGCCAUCUGUUCAAGCACCAGCAUCACCGGCAGCAGUGGUGGCGGAGCUGCCGGCAGCAGUGGUGGCGGAGCUGCCGGCAGCAGCGGUGCGACAGCGCGGGCAGAAUUCCGGAGAGAAGUGAUGGCGAUGGUGUCGUGUGGGCAGCGGUGCCCACAGCUGCUGCGCUUCUACGGCGUGUGUGUGGACGUGCGGCACCGCAUGUGCAUCGUCACCAAGCUCAUGCCGGGCGGCACUCUGCACGACCUGCUGAGGAGGCGCAAUGGUGUGGGCCUGCCGCUGCUGCAGCUGCUGCGCGUGGCGUUGGACAUUGCUUUGGGGAUGCGGUUUCUCCACCGCCAUGGAAUCAUUCACCGUGACCUCAAGAUGGCCAAUGUGUUACUGGACGAGCACGGUCGGGCAGUGGUGGGGGACUUUGGAGUGGCGCGGCUGGUGGGAGACGGAGCGGAGAUGACCAAGGAGGUGGGCACAUACCGCUGGAUGGCCCCUGAGGCCUUCGGCACCACGGGGCACUGGUCCGUCACCCCUCGCAGCGACGUGUACAGCUUCGGAAUUGUGUUAUGGGAGCUGCUGACUGCGCGGUUACCCUACGAGAGUUACUCGCCGCUCCAGGCUGCGGUGGCGGUGGCGCUGAAUGGGCUGCGGCCGGCGAUACCGGCGGGGUGCCCUGAGGGGCUGAGGCGGCUGAUUGAGGCAUGCUGGGCCAGGGACCCUGCAGAGAGGCCUGACUCAGAGGAUGUAGUGCGUGUGGUGCGAGGUUUGAGGCGGGAGUUGAUGGGGGAAGAGAGUGUGGAGGACGAAGAGGAGACUAGUGGGGGGAAUGGGGAGCAUGUUGUGAGUGGUGGAAGAUGA